AUGGCCGAGUGUCACUCAACAUCAACACCUGUUGACUCUCGUGCCAAGCUCUCUGCCACGGAGGGUGCUCCCGUCGCCGACCCCACCGCGUACCGAAGUCUUGUGGGCUCUCUUCAGUACUUGACGCUCACCUACCCCGACCUGGCAUAUGCUGUGCAGCAAGCGUGCCUGUUCAUGCAUGACCCGCGUGAGCCUCACCUCGCGCUGAUCAAGCGCAUUCUUCGGUACAUGAAGGGCACGCUAUCGGCUGGUCUUCCUAUUGGCACUGGACCUGUUGACAAGCUGAUUGCAUACUCCGAUGCUGACUGGGCAGGGUGUCCAGACUCCCGCCGCUCCAAAUCAGGCUUCUGUGUCUUCCUCGGCGACAGUCUGGUGUCCUGGUCCUCCAAACGGCAAACUAACGUCUCACGGUCUAGUGCGGAGGCCGAGUACCGGGCUGUUGCUCAUGUGGUCGCAGAAUGUUCCAACCCGGUCCACCAUCGCCGUACCAAGCACAUCGAGAUUGACAUCCACUUCGUCCGUGAGAAGGUGGCUCUCGGUGAGGUUCGAGUUCUCCAUGUGUCGUCCAAGUAUCAGUUCGCUGAUGUGAUGACAAAAGGCCUGCCAGUUCAGCUAUUUGAGGAUUUCCGGUCCAGUCUCUGCCUCCGGAUUCCUGACGCUUCGACUGUGGGAGGCUGA